AUGGUCAAGGCUAACUGGGAUGCUGCAUUGGAUGUUAAAGCAAGGAAGAUGGGAGCUGGGGUUAUAAUCAGAAAUGAAAGGGGAGAGGUCAUGGCAACUUGUCAUGAUCAGAAACAGAAUGUUUUUGAACCAGCUCUAGCAGAAUGUUAUGCCUUGAGAAAAGCAAUGGAUUUUUGUAGGGACCUUAAUUUUGACAAAGUAACAUUUGAAGGUGAUGCACAGGUUGUUAUAAACACUGUGAAUGACCCAGUUGAAGAUCUGUCUUUAAAUGGCAGUAUUAUUGAAGAAAUGAAGAUGAUGCUUAAAGGUUGGCAAGGAUGGAAAGUCCAAUAUUCACAUAGAGAUACUAAUACAGUAGCUCACAAGUUAGCAAAAGCUGCUCUAAAUUCAGAAGAGGAGAAAGUGUGGAUAGAAGAAGCUCCAGUUUUUGUUUUAAAUAGUUUACAUUUUAACAAACACUGUAUUGAUCAACAGUUUAUAUGA